AUGCAGACAGCAGAAGCCAGAAAACACGAGCCACAAAGUAGGAGCCAGAGAGAAGGAGCCAGGAAACACGAGCCAGACAGCAGGAGCCGGCCAGACAGCAGAACCAGACAGCAGAACCAGACAGAGCCAGAAAGGAGAGCCAGACAGAAGGAGCAAGAAAGCAGGGUCAGUAAGCAGGAGCCAGACAGCAGGAGCCAGAACGUACGAGCCAAACAGGAGCCAGAUAGCAGAGCCAGACUGCAGGUGCUAGACAGCAGGAGCCAAACAGCAGGAACUAUAAAACAGGAGCCAGACAGCAGGAGCCAGAAAACAGGAGCCAGACAACAGGAACCAGACAACAGGGGCCAGAAACCAGGAGCCAGACAGCGGGAGCUAGACAGGAGCCAGACAACAGGAGCCAGCCAGACAGAGCCAGACAGCAGGAGCCAGAACGUACGAGCCAAACAGGAGCCAGAUAGCAGAGCCAGACUGCAGGUGCUAGACAGCAGGAGCCAAACAGCAGGAACUAUAAAACAGGAGCCAGACAGCAGGAGCCAGAAAACAGGAGCCAGACAACAGGAACCAGACAACAGGGGCGAGAAACCAGGAGCCAGACAGCGGGAGCUAGACAGGAGCCAGACAACAGGAGCCAGCCAGACAGCAGAACCAGACAGCAGGAGCUAG